UACAAUUAAAAACCAGUGUCUUGGCUUGUAGGAAAGUUGAGAAAUCAUGGAGUGCUCAUUCUUCACCCAAAGAUGGUCUAUUUGUAUAUUUGCCAGCUUUUUUGGCUUCAUCUUCCUCUACAUUUACCAUGAUCAAGGCCAAAAUCUCAUUUCCAUUUUUUCAUCCUUUACGAGCUUAGGAUCUAUCAAUAGUUACAAUAUUUCUAUCACAGGGAUAAGAGAGCUCAAAAUCACCUCAUCUCCUCGAAAUAUUUCAUCUCCACAACUCAAUACUACUAUUGGUAUAGUUUCUGCACAAGAGAAGAUGGCACUGAAGUUGAAUAAUAGCGUGAGUGAGAAAUCGGAUACGUUAACAAAAGAAGAGGAAUGUAAUAUUUUUGAUGGAAUGUGGGUUUAUGAUCCUAAGAAUUAUCCAUUGUAUCAUGGUCAUCAAUGUCCUUUUCUAAGUGAGCAAGUGAGUUGCCAGCAAAAUGGGAGGCCAGAUUCUGACUAUGAACAUUGGAGGUGGAAGCCAAGAGGAUGUGAAAUCCCAAGGUUUAAUGGGAGUGAUAUGCUUGAGAGAUUGAGAGGGAAGAGAGUUGCAAUGGUUGGUGAUUCUCUUAAUAGAAACCAGUGGGAAUCCAUGGCAUGUCUCCUUUAUUCUUUUAUCAAUCAAUCAUCGCGGUCAUUUAUCGAGUUAGAAGACACCUACAAAAUCUUUCGAGCUCUGGACUAUGAUUUCACACUGGAAUUCUUCUGGAGUCCGUUUAUAGUCAAAGUUCAUGAAAUGAAGAAUGGAUCAAAAAUAUUGAAGCUCAAUGAGCUUGUGGAGCCUUGGAAAUGGCAAAGCGCUGAUGUCUUGGUUUUCAACACUGGACACUGGUGGACCCACCACGGGAGAGCAAAAUCGUGGGAUUAUUUUCAGAAUAAUGGAAACAUGGUUGAGGAUAUGGAUGGGGACCUGGCAUUUGAGACUGGACUCAAUACUUGGGCGAGUUGGAUUGAUCGAAUGGUGAAUCCCAACAAGACGAGAGUCUUCUUUCGCAGUAUCUCUCCCGAACAUAAACCGUAUAAUUUGCAUUGGUGUUACAAUCAAAGUCAUCCAAUCACCAACGAGACUUACAAGCAAUCAUUUUCGAGAACAAUGAUAUCUAUAGUAGAGAAAACUAUAGAGAAAAUGAAAGCUCCAGUUAAAUAUCUCAACAUCACACAGCUAUCUGAGUAUCGGCGAGAAGCACAUACAGCUAUAUACACCGUAAGGCAGCAGAAGCUGUUAACCGUUGAAGAGAGGAAGAAACCCAAGAUAUUUGCAGAUUGUAGCCAUUGGUGUCUUCCAGGAUUGCCUGAUACUUGGAAUUCUCUGAUUUAUGCUUUAAUUGUUGGACCUCCUCCGGUUAUUCAAUAGUUUUUGCAGUUUUAAUGUUAUGUGU